UGUUCAGAACCCAUCUCACCGGUUUCUAACCAGCCCGGGCUGCUUCACCAUGUCGUCCUUCCGGUGCUCUCCCUCCCGAUGCUAGCACCGUCGGGCUUGGCUGCGGGAGCGUAAUGGCGGUGCACCGGGGACCCUCUACGAAAUGGCUCUUCACCCGGGAGCAGCUCGACAACACCCCGAGUCGCCGCGGAGGGAUCGAGGCCGACAGGGAGCUCUCCUACCGGCAGCAGGCCGCCAACCUGAUCCAGGACAUCGGCCAGAGACUCAACGUCUCUCAACUGAUUAUCAACACUGCUAUAGUAUACAUGCACAGGUUUUAUAUGAUCCACUCCUUCAGCAAAUUCCAUAGAAACGUCAUUUCUCAGACUACGUUGUUUCUGGCAGCCAAAGUUGAGGAGCAGCCCAGAAAGCUGGAGCAUGUCAUUAAAAUAGCCCAUGCCUGCAUUAACCCACAAGAGCCAGCCGUAGACACUAAGAGCAACGCAUUCCAGCAGCAGACACAAGAGCUUGUAGCACUGGAAACAAUAGUGCUGCAAACGCUGGGUUUUGAAAUAACAAUCGAUCAUCCACACACAGAUGUUGUGAGGUGUUCCCAGCUAGUGCGAGCAAGCAAGGAUUUGGCACAGACUUCCUAUUUCAUGGCUACCAACAGUUUGCACCUCACCACCUUCUGCCUGCAGUACAGGCCCACGGUCGUGGCGUGCGUCUGCAUCCACCUGGCCUGCAAGUGGUCCAACUGGGAGAUCCCCGUGUCCACGGACAGCAAACACUGGUGGGAGUACGUGGACCGCACCGUGACGUUACAGCUGCUGGACGAGCUCACACACGAGUUUCUUCAGAUCCUGGAGAAGACGCCCAGCAAACUGAAGAGGAUACGGAACUGGAGGGCUAUUCAAGCAGCUAAGAAGCCAAAGACGGAGGGCCAAGCGGGGGAUAGUGCCUUCCAGGGGACGUCCUUAGACGGCCUCUCCGGUGUCACCAACUCCUUCUUCCCCUCCACCUCGUCGGACUCGGACAUACCCUCCCUGAACAACAUCGCAGCCUCCUACGCCUCCUACCAGCCGCUGAGCGACGAGUCGAAGAGCUGCGGCUACGACCACUUCUCCGAGCCGCACCUCUCGGACUUCACGCUGGUGAAACACGAACACAAAACCUCUGGCGGGGGCAAAAACCAGCAGCUCGCCGCAAACGCCCCCACAUUUUCGCGGCCGCAGAAAGUCUUGACUCUGGAAAAGUACAGAGAGAAACACGCGGCGGCGGGGGACCUGGCCCCGCAGAACGGCGUGAAGGACGAGCCGGGCGCGGACAUGUACGCGCCCCCUCCGGCUCUGUCCUCGCACCAUCACAAGAAGCGCUCUCAGGCGCAGCAGGGCGGCCAGUCGGGCGACGGCAGGAGAGACAAAAGCAGCUCUAAAAAGGGCCGACUGCAGCCGUCUUUCGCCGAGAACGGCUCCGCCACGGGCGAGGAGCUUAAGAUGAGGAUCAAAGUUUCGUCCGAGCGCCACGGCGGCUCAGAGCAGGGUGGGACUCUACCGGGCAAAGACAAGCACAAAGAGCACCGUCACUCCAAACACGGCCACUCGCACCCGUACUCCCUCAGCAAGGGGACGAUAGAGAACGCCUCCUUAUCGAUAAGACCCGACGUCGGUUCGUCCAGCUCGUCCCGCAAGAGACCCCACUCCGACGCCGGCAACCACAAUCACAACAACCACCACCACCACUCGUCCAAGAGCGGCAGGAGCAAAGGAGGCCUCGGCUCCUCCCACUACGCGACGGAGGGCGGCCAGAGGAUGAUGGAGCACCACGGCCACGACGGGAGCAACGGCGUGCUGCCCGUCAACGGCCAACACACCGACUACAAAGACACUUUCGACAUGCUGGACUCUUUACUAAGUGCCCAAGGAAUGAACUUGUAACCCUCGGAGAGUCCGCAGCGUUGUCUAGAAUAAGGUAUUACCAUGUUUAAAAGAAUUUAAAAAGAAAAUGAAUUUAUUUGUCUUUAAGUUAUCACAAUUCCGCAUCGCCCUCAGUCGUGUCUACACACUGAUUAUUGACGAUUUUAAACUGUCAGAAAAAAUGUAAAAUGAUAUGCAUAGAGCUGUGUACUACUAGCUUGCAACAACAACAAAAAGAAGUUUUAAGAACGCGGCUGGAAUAAUGAGAUUUUAAACAUUCUUUUAGCUGACUAUUAUGAUUUUUAACGUGCAUGUUUGAAGUCACACAAAAGGGAAGGCAAAGCUAGUGUUCGCAGCCGUCGUGACAGUUUACAGACAGUUGUUGUUUUAUUGUUGUUGGGUUUUUUUUUUGUAUGUUGAGACAUUUUGUUCCACUGAAAAUCUCAGGUCUUGAACUUUUUUGAUAUAAGAACGAAUCUUCCUCUGUUUGGGUUUCAUUACCUGUAUCCGUGGAGAUGCAUCACCUCGUCUGUUUAAUGACGACGACGAAGACGGCGGUCUGCUUACAUUUCAAAGAGAGCAUCAAUAGUUAAAAAAAAAGAAAAGAAAAAACAAUACAAAUAUGAGGCAGAGUCAGAGUCAUUUGCUGUCUAUUUGCUGUCUAUCGGGACUUCCAAGGCCGCACCUGAACUUAAUGUGCAGACUCUCUAUAGAGCUACAAAUGAAGUUUACGUUACAUCUGCUGUGAAAGUGCAUUUAAGAUAUAUCGGCUAAAAUUACAAAAAAGGGCCUUGUGAUUGUACCUCGUCAAUGGCUAUACAGUAUGAUACAUGUUAUUAACUAUCAGAAAAUACAGAUCUCUAAAAUAGGAUUGUGUAUAUAUGACUGUAGUUCAGAUUUCAACCUGUCGGUUUAUUGCAUCAGUCCAAACCUUCCUCCAUUCAGUGUAUCUUGAGAUCUAAAGCAGACUCUGUAUUGAUGAACGUAUCCUCAAUUUGUGUAUUGGGAGCCCAAAUAAAGGUGUAAAAGUCAA